AUGGUUGCCAACACAACAGAAGCAAGCAACAGGCGCUCCAUCACCAUCACCAGCGAAUCCUUCUAUCUCGACAAACAUAUCCCCUCUGUAUCGACCGACUCUUCGAAGAGAAUGGCACCAACGUAUUCAGGUGUCAACAGAUCGGCGAGUGGCGAGAAGGACGCUAAGGCAAAUUUCCUGCUGCAGAACGUGAUCAGGGCGAAAGAGAAGAGCGGAAUGCAUAUCAAGCUGGAUUCUUAA